GCGAAGCAUUCACACCCGCCCCCCAUCCUUGUGCUCCCCGCCUAGGUCUGGAGCGCACACUGAGGGCCCAGGCGACAAAGAAGGCCCAUGGGACACAGGGCGCAGGAGCUGCCCCCAGAGGGCUAGCGCCUCCCUUUUGAGCGGGCAGGGUGCUGCUCGCCCAGGCACCAUGGCGCGCGGAUUCGCACCGGGCUUCGAGUCCUUAGGCCUAGGAGAACUCAGCUCCAGCUCUCUGAGCUCCCUGUCCUCCCGGGGCCACCUGGGCAGCGACUCGGGCUCCACCGCAACGCGAUACCUGUUGAGAAGGCAACAGCGGCUGCUGAGUGGGCCCUCCCGCGGAAUCCGAGCCUCCUCGCCCAUGGGCCGAGUGAUCCUCAUCAACUCCCCCAUCGAAGCCAACAGCGACGAAAGUGACGUCAUCCAUGCAGUCCACGUGGAGAAGAGUCCAGCCGGGAGGCUGGGGUUCAGCGUGCGGGGCGGCUCCGAGCAUGGUCUGGGGAUCUUUGUCAGCAAGGUGGAGGAGGGGAGCAGCGCUGAGCGGGCCGGCCUGUGUGUGGGGGACAAGAUCACGGAGGUGAACGGGCUGAGCCUGGAGAGCACCACCAUGGGCAGCGCUGUGAAGGUGCUGACCGGCAGCAGCCGCCUGCAGCUGACUGUGCGGCGCAUGGGCCGAGUGCCCAGCAUCAAGUUCUCCAGGGAGAAGACCACCUGGGUGGACGUGGUGAACCGGCGGCUGGUGGUGGAGAGGAGCGGCUCGGCGCCCAGCAGCGGCUCACAGGACGGCGCGUGGCGCAUAGUGCACCUGUACACCACCUCCGACGACUUCUGCCUGGGCUUCAACAUCCGUGGGGGCAAGGAGUUCGGCCUGGGCAUCUACGUGUCUAAAGUGGACCACGGCGGGCUGGCCGAGGAGAGUGGCAUCAGAGUGGGGGACCAAGUCCUGGCGGCCAACGGGGUCAGAUUCGACGACAUCAGCCACAGCCAGGCUGUGGAGGUGCUGAAGGGCCACACUCACAUCAUGCUGACUGUCAAGGAGACUGGCCGAUACCCUGCCUACAAGGAGAUGGUUUCUGAAUACUGUUGGCUGGACAGAUUGAGCAAUGGGGUGCUGCAGCAGCUGGGCCCCGCCUCUGAGAGCAGCUCCAGCGUCUCCUCCUAUGCCUCCAGCGCCCCCUACAGCCCAGGCUCCCAGCCCUUGGUCACCGACUCCUGCCUGGGGCCAGGCUGGGGCAGGGCAGACACUGCCAUGCAGACAGAGCCUGACGUCGGGGGCCGCGUGGAGACCUGGUGCAGCGUGCGGCCCACCAUCAUCCUCAGGGACACCGCUAUCCGCUCUGACAGCCCCUCGCCCGCCCGCCGCCUCGACGCUGCCCUCCCGGAGUCCCCCAAGACUGCUCUGCUUUUGGCCCUCAGCCGGCCACGGACCCCCAUCACGCGCUCCCGGAGCCAGCUGACACUGUGGGAGGAGAAGAAGCAGCAGAAGAAGUUGGGGUCUCCUGGGGAAAAAGGGGCCCUGCAGCGCUCCAAGACACUGAUGAACCUCUUUUUCAAGGGAGGGCGGCCGGGGCAGCCUGCAGGGGAUGGGCUCAGAGAGGCCUGGACGCAGGACGGCGGGAGUCCAGCCAAAGCCCGCCCCUGCCUGGACCUGGACACAGGGAGCGUGGGGCCUGUGCAGAAGUUUGUCACCUGGAGACUGAGACGUGACCAGGAGAGGGGCCGGGCCCUGCUCUUGGCCAGGUCUGGGAGCCCCACCAGCCAGCUGCCCAGUAUGGAUGAGCGGGUGCAGGCCUGGGAUAGUCGUCGGCCCCUCAUUCAGGACCUGGCCCGCCGGCUGCUGACGGAGGAUGAGGUGUUGGCAGUCACUCGCCACUGCUCCAGGUACGUGCGAGAGGGUGGAGUGGAGGACCUGGUGCGGCCCCUGCUGGCCAUUCUGGACAGGCCCGAGAAGCUGCUGCUGCUGAGGGACAUCAGGGGUGUGGUGGCCCCCACGGACCUAGGCCGCUUCGAGAGCAUGGUGACGUCUGCAGAGCUGGAGGCCUUUGAGGCCCUGAAGAGCCGGGCAGUGCGGCCUCCUGCUCUGAGACCAACACGGCAGGACACACCACCCAAGCGCCAUCUCAUCACCCCUGUGCCUGAUAGCCGUGGAGGCUUCUACUUGCUGCCUGUGAACGGCUUCCCCGAGGGACAGGAUGGAGAGCUGCGAGAGCGCCUGGGGGGCCUCAAGGUCUCUCCAGGUGCCUCUGUCCCCCACCACCCUCAUAAAGGGGUCCCCCCUCUUCAAGACGUGCCAGUGGAUGCCUUUGUCCCACACCAGGUCACGUGCACACCCCCUCCCCUUCCGCCCCCUGUGGCACCCAGGCCACCUCAGCCUAACUGGCUGCUCACUGAAGUCCUGAGUCCAGAGGACGCUCAGCAGAGCCUGGGCCAGGGCCGGGCCCGGAGCCGCAGCCGGGGUCGUGGCAAGUCCUCUGGGCGUGAGCGCUCCCCAUCCCCAGUGCCUCUUUCCGCCUCCAGCGUGGCCAGUGGGUGCCACCACAAGCCUCGGAAGGCCAGGCCCCCUUUGCCACGACCUCUGGGUGAGCAGGUGGCCAAGGCAGGGGCCAGGCCGGGGCCCUCGGAGAAUGGCAGUGGCAGUGUAGCCGAGGCGGCAGCUCUGCAGGCCUCUGGUGGGGAGCUGAAGACAGUCACACUGUCCAAGAUGAAGCCGUCCUUGGGCAUCAGCAUUUCAGGGGGCAUUGAGUCCAAGGUGCAGCCCAUGGUGAAGAUAGAGAAGAUCUUUCCAGGGGGUGCCGCCUUCCUCAGUGGGGCUCUGCAGGCUGGCUUCGAGCUUGUGGCAGUGGAUGGGGAGAACCUAGAACAAGUGACCCACCAGAGAGCAGUGGACACCAUCCGCAGGGCUUACCGCAAUAAGGCCCAGGAGCCCAUGCAGCUGGUGGUCAGGGUUCCCGGGCCGGGCCUGUCACCCUCACCCCGACCCACCAGCCCUCACUGACCAGCCCUCACUGACCGGUGCCUUCCUGUUGACUGCCCCUCCCCCCAGCCCCUUCAUGCUACUCCAGGGCCUUCCCACUAGCUUCUAGAACCUUCCAUGGAGGUCAGGGUUUUCCAGAGGACUCCCAGCCUGGUUCCCUCCCCAACUCUCAACUCGUGAGGCCACUCCGGUGCUCUCCCCUCUGAGCCAGAUCCUCCCCACCGACUCAAUUCUCAUUGCCCCACUGUCCUGAAGACUCUGACCUCUUAUGAACCCCCGGGGGCUCAGGAACCUCAGUCCCACGUACCCUGCCUACUGUGAGUGCCAUCCCUGCAGGUGGCUCAUCUGCCCGCGGUCGCCCUCCCGGGUUGGUAUGGCUCUGCCCUGCCAGAUAAGCCUGGUGACCGGACAAGUGGGAGAGAAGGCUGGGGGCAGCCACAUCCACUACUCCCGGGACGAAGGAGGGGACAGAGAAACCCUGGUCUAGAGCAGAGGACUGGGGGGCGCUUUCUCCUGAUGUUGCUCCAAGCCCCAACUCCCCCAGCAGGAGGGACACAGACUCCCGGCCUGGGCAGCAUUCAGUGUGGGAGACCGGACAGAAGGCUCUUCUCGUUCCUUAGACUCCCAAGAU